CGCUCAACACCCCCGAAACCUGCAACAAGUUGCCCAGAAACACACGGUUGCCAAACGAACGAUGUCAAAACAAUGAAAAUGUAUUAUACAACAAACACGUCCCACGGCGCCGUUUCAACCUGUAGUCCUGGAAUGACAUAAAACAGUUCAGUCGAGUGUACACAUCCACCAGCUGCGCUCACUUCUCUCCUCUCCUCCCCUGUUUACAAGUUUACAAGGUGCUGGUCACCUCUUCAAGUUCCUAACAUUGCCAACUCUUUCAACACAUGAUCAUCAGCAAGACCGUACUUCUAACAUGGCUUUUCGCCGCAUUCAUCGUUUCGGCUUCUCCCCUUCUCUACCUGGCACCUAGAGGAAACUGGCUCGAGGCAGGGGACGCUCCUGCCCUGUUGGGUAGAGCUCCCCCUGCCUCGGGACAUCCCAAGUCCUCAAUGCAUGCUUCUGUCUCUUCUACCCCUCUUCCGGCUUAUUCGAAGAAAGACCCAAACCCUGGAAACACCCCAGAGAAGAAGAGCACAUCCUCAGUGCAUGAUGAUACCGCUUAUUCGAAGAAAGGCCCAAACCCUGGAAACACCCCAGAGAAGAGCAGGGGUCUAAUUCGUGAUUUCUUCCACAAAACGUUUGGGAAGAAAUCGGGACAACCCACAUCCCCAGUGCAUGAGGAUACCGAUUAUCUUCCGGCUUAUUCGAAGGAAGACCCAGACCCGUCUCCUCCGUACCCAGGGAAGAAGAGCAAGGGUAUAAUUCGUGAUUUCAAGACCGUACUUCUAACAUGGCUUUUCGCCGCAUUCAUCGUUUCGGCUUCUCCCCUUCUCUACCUGGCACCUAGAGGAAACUGGCUCGAGGCAGGGGACGCUCCUGCCCUGUUGGGUAGAGCUCCCCCUGCCUCGGGACAUCCCAAGUCCUCAAUGCAUGCUUCUGUCUCUUCUACCCCUCUUCCGGCUUAUUCGAAGAAAGACCCAAACCCUGGAAACACCCCAGAGAAGAAGAGCACAUCCUCAGUGCAUGAUGAUACCGCUUAUUCGAAGAAAGGCCCAAACCCUGGAAACACCCCAGAGAAGAGCAGGGGUCUAAUUCGUGAUUUCUUCCACAAAACGUUUGGGAAGAAAUCGGGACAACCCACAUCCCCAGUGCAUGAGGAUACCGAUUAUCUUCCGGCUUAUUCGAAGGAAGACCCAGACCCGUCUCCUCCGUACCCAGGGAAGAAGAGCAAGGGUAUAAUUCGUGAUUUCUUCCACAAAACGUUUGGGGAGAAAGCAUCGGAUCGUCCUUGGUACACGACACAUCUUAAACAACUCGCUAAACAGCAUGCGGAAGACGGGAAUCAUAAGCUUGCCGCAGAUGCGCACCGGGCCUUGGGAGACUUGCAUGCGAAGAGUGCUCAGGACUAUCACGAACAAGGGGAUCUGGAAGCGGCGGCUCAGCUGCGUGAGGCAAGUAAGAAGUCGCUACAGAAAGCCGAGAAUGCCGACCUCGAGGCCAAGCGGAAUCCCGCACAACAACCGAUCUCCAAGAAGGCCGAGGAGCUGCAGAACCAAGUAACGUUGGGACAUUCCUUGGAGGCUGUGGUGGAGCACCAGAUCAAACGACCUGACUAUCGCGGUACCACGUUGGACGAAGCUUACUUCAAAAAGAACUUUGGGAAACUUUCUGCCGCGUAUCAUCAUGUAUGA